AAUACGAAUAACUGAAGCAAACGGCCAACACAUGUGUGUCAGUACAGUCAGUGUUUGGCUAUUAUUAUAGUCAAUGAAAUGAUGAGCCAAUUGAUUGUUAGCCAUUAAUGAAUGCGAUCCUUUUUUUUUUGGUCACAAUAUUUUUGUGGAUCUUAAAUCUCAAAGCGAUAUAUAAAAUAAUGUAAUAAUAUUUUAUAUAAAGAGUGAAGAAAAUAAUAGAAAAAGAAAGAAAAUAUAAGCAAAAUAUAUUUGGUUUCAAAAAAAGUGAAAAUAUUUAUUGAUUGCUACAGUGAUAUCACUACACAAAUUGCAUUCAAUUGGAGAGGAAAGGCCUACAAGAAAAAGAAAGAAAAUAACGAAAGGAAAGUCGUAUUCUAAAGAUUGUGAGGAAUGAUAAGUACAUUGUUUUGUGACAGCAAUUCAUAUCUGACCAGAAAUAAAGUCUUAACAUAUAAUAAAUCGAUGAGAUAUCGCCGAGAAAAAUGAUUGUCGAGAAACAAGUCGACAAUAAGUCAAAAACAACGCAAACUAUGAGCACAUGGAGUAUAGCCGACUAUGAAAUGUACGGCAAUGAUAACAAUUGUGUUGUCACUAUCGACAACAAAUGUCUAUACAGGAGAUCCGUAUUUAGGAAAAGUCGUCAUAAUUUUCACAAAUUUCUAUAUUUAUGUUUAAUUUUGUGGAUUUCAGUGGUUAAUAUAUGUGAUGCUCUACAACAACACAUGCAAUAUGAACCACCAGUGUAUGCCUCGUAUACCACAACAAACAAGAGCAUCAACUUUACCCAUAUUGAGAUCGACCCGAUCUCUGGCCACAUAUAUGUCGGCGCUUCCAAUUGGGUCUAUCAAUUCAGUGCUAAUCUAACUCUUGAAGUGGCCGUACAAACGGGUCCACUGCGUGAUAGUCCAAUGUGUUCACCUGGCGAUUGUCACGGUGUCGAUGAGACACAAAUACCGUAUGUGAAUAAUAUAAACAAAGUGCUAGUCAUUGACCCGUUCAGCAAAAUGUUGAUCGCCUGUGGAUCAGUUCAUCAGGGGUCGUGUCAAAGACAUAGUUUGCGUGAUAUCGGACAGAGAGAAGAAUUAGUUACAGUUCCCGUUGCCUCUAAUGAUGAGAACUCGUCGACAAUAGCCUUAGUCGGACCGGCAAAGUAUUUUAGUCCACAUAACGCCAUACCAGUGCUAUACGUGGGGGCCACCAACUCACGGCUUGGUUCAUAUAGAGAUAUGGUUCCGGCCAUUAGUAGUCGGUCUCUUGAAUCCGGUCCCCGAUUAUUCAAUAUUAUUGAAAAGUCAUUUACUGAUAGCGCCAGAGUCGACAUUAGUUCUCAUUUAAGAGAUUACUAUCUCGUGAAAUAUGUUUAUGGCUUUCACGCAAAUGACUUCAUUUAUUUUGCAACCGUUCAAAGGAAAUCACACUUACGAGCGCUGGAAGAGUGGGGUUACAUAAGCCGUUUGACGCGUGUCUGUGUCAGUGACGCCGGAUUUCACACAUACACUGAAGUGACCCUUCAAUGUGUGGCACAGGACGGCCAAGAAUAUAAUCUAUUACAGGACGCCAUUGUCAUCAAAGUCGGCAAUGAUUUGGCGGAUGAGUUUCGCAUCGAAAGGGGAUCACAAGUAUUAUUAGGAGUGUUCUCCUCGAGUAUAGACCACUCUUCAAAGCCCGACCAGUAUUCGGCUGUUUGUGUGUUUCCCUUAUCACUAAUUGAACACAAGUUUACCCAAAACAUACACCUGUGCUAUAAUGGAAGUGUUUUGACUCGUAAUAUGGAUUAUAUUGCCGGCAGUGUUAAUGAGUGUCCGGAGCCCGGGAAAGCUGGAAAUAUACAGAAUUUUUGUAACGAAGCAAUCAAACUGAACGGUUCGUUGCCAAUUACUUCGACGGCAAUUAUUGUCUAUCAAAAUACCACAUUAACAGCUGUUACGGCCACUGUUACCGGUCAACAUACCGUUGCUUUUGUCGGUACCAGUGAUGGUGCCAUCAAAAAGAUUUUAAUAUCUGGCUCUACAGUGGGCGAAGAGUUUGAGGAUGUGAUUGUAGACAGGGGUCAUCCUAUACUUGGAGACAUACAUCUCGAUCACGAACAUCACCCUAAAUAUGUGAUCGCAUCGUCACCUUAUAAAAUAUCAAAAGUCAAGAUCGAGAGGUGUACCCAAUAUCAUGAUUGUGACCAGUGUUUGGCCGCCAGAAAUCCUUACUGCGGGUGGUGUUCACUAGAAAAGAGAUGUACGGUUAAGUCAGAGUGUAAUAACGCCACCAAUUGGGGUAUAUCUGAGCGCAUUAUCUCAUCUCCGCGAUGGCUUUCCUUAGAAACGACACAAUGUAUCGACUUUCAGGCCAUCAAACCCGAGUUCAUGCCUUACAAUACAGUUUCUAAUAUUGAACUACUUAUCUAUCAAUUGCCUCAAUUACCAUACGGUGCAAACUAUUUGUGUGUAUUUGGUGUCGGAUCGCCAAUUCCUGCCCGUGUUUCCCGUAAUGGACUUUCAUGUAUGGCACCAUCUGUUGCCUCCCGCCCUGCCAUUCCUCCCGGUGAAGAUCAUACAGUAGUAAAUCUGGCGGUCAGGAGUAGCGAAACCGAUACCGACUUCAUUAACCGGUCGUUCGUAUUUUAUGACUGCAGUGUCCAUAAAACAUGCAAAUCAUGUGUUACCAGUUCGUGGGCUUGCAAUUGGUGUAUGCAUGAGAACAUGUGUACACAUAACACAUCCCAAUGCGCCCGAAGGAUGAUUGUCGGCGAAAAUAGUCAUCAAAAUUCAUUAAUUAAGGGCCGACAGCACUGUCCAUCAUUUAGUAUCGACAAUGAGAUACUUAUACCUAACGGCGCUAAACGUGAAAUAACUAUUGAAGUCAGAAAUCUCAUCUCAUCUUUGGAGGGAUUCCAAUGUAUUGUCGAGAUUGAGGGCGCAAAGGAACGGGUGUUCGCCAGAGUCAGAGAUAAUAAAGUAAUUUGUGCCGAAAGUGUGUACACCUAUGAAGAAGAUGUGGGAGAAAUGAAAGGAGAGUUGACUGUCUUAUGGAACGGCGAUACGUUUAUUGACAAAACCAAUGUUACGCUAUACAAAUGCCAUUUACUGGGAAGUCAUGCCUCGAGACCUGACUGUUCAUUAUGUCAGACUCGAGACAAGAAAUACCAGUGCGUUUGGUGUUCCUCUCAGUGCUCAUACGUGGACUCGUGUGUGGAUAACCCGGCGCCCUCUUGUCCGCCACCCAGAAUCGAUUGGAUACAUCCCCUGUCGGGUCCAGUAGAAGGCGGAACACUGGUGGCCAUCGAAGGUUCCAAUUUGGGCUUAACUGAAGAUGAGAUCAGAGACAAAGUAGCGCUCGGAGGCAUUCCCUGUGUGACAGUUGAAUACAGUAUAUCCGUUCGUGUUGUCUGUCGUACGGGUGUCAGUCCUAUUGGUGAACAGUCGGCAGUUGUGGUUAUUGGCAACCGGGCCGGUGUGACCCGGGCUCAGGAAAAGUUUCAAUAUAAGACGGUUCACUUGAUGGAUGUAAACCCUAAAUUGGGCCCACAAUCUGGUGGUACCCGUCUAUAUUUAAGUGGUACUAAUUUGAAUAUCGGUUCCAACAUUGAGAUUUUCUUGGAUGAGCUGCCCUGUCGUGUGGAACGUUCGUUGGCGAGUAGUAAACAAUUGAGUUGUCGUACCACUCCUGCACCCCAUUCCUCAUACUCUGUCCGACAAUUAAUACUAUGUAUUGAUGGAUCAAACCAUACUCUUUCCCAUCCAUUUAAAUACACAAAAGACCCGACAAUUUACAGAAUCUAUCCGUUGGAGAGUUUUUUCAGUGGCGGUCGACCAUUACUUGUGUCGGGAAGUAAUUUCACAUCAAUACAAUUGCCACGCAUUGCUAUCUUUGAUGAUAAUAGUCUUGUCAAUGAAACGUCGUGUAAUGUAAUUAACUCGACAACGAUGUCGUGUCCGUCACCAAAAAUUAUGGAAGAUCUGGUCAUCCAAAGUCAGUCACGUAAUUACAUCCGCGAUGUUAGCAAUAGUGGACUUAGACUGAGAAUUGGUUUUGUUAUGGACGACGUCCAGUCUGUUCGCGAUUUGCAAGAGUUCUAUCCAACGAUGCCAUCGAAUCUUAUAUAUCUUUCCGACCCAAAGGUGUUUUCAUUUGAUGAAAAUGGUAUCAAAUUAUACAAAGGAGAGUCAUUAGUCAUUGAGGGCGAGAAUCUUAGAUUGGCCUCAACUGAACACGAAGUAAACGUGACGAUAGGCACCCGAACUUGUAAUAUAACAUCUCUUAGUAUGACACAACUGGUUUGCUUUCCACCCGACGUCCAGCCUCUGGGAUCGGAUGAGUUGGGUCGACCUAACGAAAAUGAUUUGCCAACAGUUGUGGUCAAAAUGGGAAAUCUUCGCUAUGAUAUCGGUUACUUGCGCUACGAAGUUUCAGCCGCCUAUGAAUUGCCUCCACUAGUAAUCGGUUGUUUCGUGGCUGCCGGUGCUGUACUCAUGUUAUUGAGUCUAAUAGUUUUAGCUAUUUUCAAGCAUAAGAGCUCUCAGGCUGAGCGCGAGUAUAAGCGGAUCCAAUUGCAAAUGGAUACUCUCGAGAACAGUGUCCGAUCUGAAUGCAAACAGGCGUUCGCCGAAUUGCAGACCGACAUGACUGACCUCAAUAAUGAUUUACAGACCACUGGUAUCCCUACCCUUGACCACAGGGCUUACAUUAUUAAAGUUUUCUUUCCCGGUUUACCCGACAAUGGAAGUCCUCUUUCAAGUGACUACAAACACUCAAAUGGCAAUCCAUAUAAUAGUGAGGAGUCGAUGGCACACUUCGAGCAACUCAUAUAUAACCGUAACUUCCUUUUGGUGUUUAUUGAGACACUGGAAAACCAGAAAUCAUUUACCAUUCGUGAUAAAGUUAAUGUGGCAUCACUUUUGAUGAUUAUUUUGAUGGAGAAAAUGGAUUACGCCUUUGAUAUUCUUCGGGAACUAUUAAUAAGACUUAUCCAAAAGUAUGUGUCCUCCAAACAUCCGCAACUAUUGCUUAGACGUACGGAAUCGGUGGUUGAAAAACUGUUGACCAAUUGGAUGUCACUUUGCAUGUAUAAAUACAUCAAUGAAGUGGCCGGUAGUUCACUGUUUUUGUUAUUCAAUGCCAUUAAACAUCAGAUAGAAAAAGGACCCAUAGAUUAUGUGACACAUGACUCGAGAUACUCCCUGUCCGAGGAACGGUUACUCCGUGAACAGGUUGACUAUAUGACAGUAGUUAUUCAUGUUAUUCAAGAGGGAACGGCAGAAAAAAUUCAGUGUCGAGUCCUUAAUUGCGAUACUAUAAGUCAAGUGAAGAGUAAAAUCAUUGACACUAUCUAUAAAAAUGUAACUUUUUCUCAACGGCCGACAGUCAAUGAGGUGAACCUCGAGUGGAGACACGGAAGAGGUGGUCAUCUAAUUCUUGCCGAUGAAGAUUUGACUACUAAAGUGAUAAAUGGUUGGAAACGAUUAAAUACUUUAAGUCAUUAUGGCAUCAAAGAUAUGGCUGUAAUGGGUCUCAUAAUUAAGGAAAGGCGUUCCAGUAAUCAUUUGUAUGAAACCAUACCAUCCAACAGUCCUACACAUUCGCCGUCUCACCGAAACAUAUAUAAUACAUUAACAAACAACUAUUCAAACCACUAUUCCAGCAAUUAUUCACAUUAUUACAGUACUAUUAACAGCAAUAGUACCCGUGUAUGUGAUGAUAGUCGGGUGCGCACCUGGCAUCUGGUCAAGCCUUUCGAUGACAACCAUACCGACAACUCCAAGGAUCAGUUGCACAAACAGAUACCAGAAAUCUAUUUGACGCGACUUUUGUCAACAAAGGGCACAAUCCAAAAAUAUGUCGACGAUUUCUUGUCCACAAUAUUGACAGUCAAUGAUAAGCUGCCACUCGCUGUCAAAUGGCUGUUCGACUUACUGGACACCGCAGCCGCCAAUUACGGCAUCACUGACCACGAGGUGAUCCACGCGUGGAAAAGCAAUAGUCUUCCGCUCCGAUUUUGGGUGAAUUUAGUCAAAAAUCCCGACUUUUUGUUUGACAUCGAAAAGUCUUCAUCAGUGGACGCCUGUCUAUCUGUGAUCGCACAGACUUUUAUGGACUCGUGUUCAACACAAGAGCACAGACUGGGAAAGGACUCGCCUUCCAAUAAAUUACUGUUUGCAAGGGAUAUACCUGUCUAUCGGAAAAUGGUAUCCAAAUACUAUGCUGACAUCGCAUCGUUGCCGCCAAUACAUGAGUCGGAUGUCGUCGCCAACAUGAAUGCCAUAUCACAGUCUUAUGCCGGUGAAGUUGACACAUAUAACGCUUUACGGGAACUUUAUAUCUAUGUUUCACGAUAUAGAGAACCAUUGUUUGAAGCCCUGUGCUGUGAUCCACAGAGUCAGCGACAGCACCUACAUCUCAAAUUAGAGACCAUUGCCUUUUCAAUGGGCAGUCAGGAAACUAUGUUAGUCUAAUCAACUGUUAAAUUGAUUGAUUAAUAAAUAGCUUAGUCUUUUGAGAAGUUUAUUUAA